CAAGCUAAUGUAUUUUUGUCCAUUUCCCACACUUCCAUAGUGCACGACAACCCUCUUCAAUGAUUUCCCUUAUUCUCUUUCUAUUGGGGCGAACACCCCCCAAAUACGUAUGAAUGUCUGAAACCCUGAAGCGCAGAAAAUAAUCCACAUAAGUUUCAGUCCAAAGAAGGGCUUGUCCCAUCCAUCCAGAUAUGAGAAGAAAGAUUCCUUUUAAAAUACACACUCUGCUGUCACACAGGCACACCCGGAAUUUAUUGCGUAAUUAAUUUUAGAGGCAGCUGAAUAUUAUUCCCCAGGUUUGCCCUGCUGGCUGUCAGAGUAAGAUUUUGAAUGCGGUUAUUCAUAUCUCCUGGCCCUCUCCUUUGUCACACAUGUUGCCCCCACAGAACUCUAAGAGGAAAUAUGACAUCUUCCUCUCCACGUGAUAAAGUCUUUCAUCAAGAGAUCCAUUAACUAACAGGCAUCUACCAUGCUCAGAGCAUCAAAUUUGCAUGACUGAAGAAAGCCAGAAAAUGUCCUACCAGAUAGCUUGGGUGAUUCUAUUCUGUCUGCGGAUGACUGCUUCACGGGAAGGGAUAUUGAUCCAGCAGAGCCCAGCACAGAUCUUUCUGGCCUCUGGAGAAACUGCACGGAUAGACUGUAAGCUUUCAACAAGAAGUCAGUAUAUAUACUGGUACAAAGAACUUCAGAAUGGAAGUUUGCACAGGAUUUACCAGAGUUAUGAGUUUGCUGCAGCUCCACAUGAAAAAUACUCGAGUACAGUGAACAUUCCAGCAAAAACGUUUACUCUGAUUAUAAGUAACGUACAAAGAAAUGACUCUGGGGUGUAUUACUGUGGCCUUGUUGUAUACUUACAUCUGAACUUUGGGAAUGGGACCAGGCUAAUUGUCACAGAUGCCUCUGAGCCGAGCCUUUCCAUCCUGGUUCCCUCCAACCCAGAAGAUGCUGAGCUUCCCCCCGUCAUUCCUCUGCUCUGCCUGCUCUCUGAUUUCACUCCUCCCUGGAGUGAAGUUCUUUGGCACACUGGUGAGGAGGCGUCUGAUAGUCAGACGGAUGCUGGAGCCAUAGACGGUAAAGGGGUCUUUAGUGUUUGGAGCCUAAUGACAAUCCCUUCUGAGACGUGGAACCAGGAGACAAUCUGCACUUGUACAGCCAAGGAGAGCAGCACAGAGAGAAGCAUCAAUGCUACAGUCUCCAAGGAAACAGAUGAGGCCUGGAAAGAAAACUGCAAUGAUGUGUUAUAUUGUGGGCUGUCUUGUAUUUUCAUCCUUGUCGUCAUCCAGCUGCUGAUCCUGCUCUUCAGAAAGUGUCCAACCAGAGCAGGGAGAGCUGUGCAAACAGGAAAUCAAAUACCUAUGAGGCACAUUCCACAGGUAACGUGCUUUUUUAGCCACUGGCACGUCAGAAAGAUACAGUAUAUUAAUAGGGUGUUAAAUCAGUGUCCUGGCCAAAUUCCGACAUUGGUGGCUACAUUCCGACUACCUGAUUUCCUCUGACGG